AUGGGGAGGGGAACAACUGACUCUGGUUCAGAACAGGCUAAAUUGGGAAAUAAGGCAAGUUUUUAUGAUUUGGCGAUAAAGACGGCGGCUUGGGAUGAAGACAACAAGAUAUUGGCCGGUCGGUGUGAAGUGAACGGAGGGACAUGGUGUGGUGUUUCUAAAAAUGGCAGAGUUGCUUUUCUUGUGGAUACUGCGUUAGUGAUGAACGACAUCAAGAUUAGAGGCGGCGCCUCCGAGUUAAUUCCUAUUCGGUUCUUGAAGAGCACAAUGACUCCAAAGGACUAUGCAAAGGAAGUGAAAAACGCUGAAAAGGAAUGUCACAACGAAAGCCGGGCCUAUAACCUAAUUGUGGCAGACGUUACUUCCAAGGAAAUGUAUUUCAUCAAAAAACCCUUGGCAGAUAAGACACGUGUCGAUAUAAGCAAAGUUGAUUUUGGUGUGCAUACCCUUUCUCUAGCCGGACUCGAUGGUGGCGAGGAUUCCCGUCUGAAAGGCCUUUUUAAGGAGAUGAUUGACGCUCAUAAAAACAAACAGUUACCACCAUUGAAGGAGCUUGCGCAGAGGUUGAUGUAUGAUCCUGAACCAUCCUUCUAUUUCGAAACCACGGAUAUCCCUCCUAAUCAUGGAAAUGAGCAAAGGAAACGCUAUGGAACAACGAGCACAACAGCACUCGUGGUGAAACCCACUAAGGAAGUCAUUUUCUACGAGAAGCAUUUCGAGCGUCCCGGCGUAUGGACUCACCACGACUUCACUUUCAACAUCACCGCCUAAGUUACUUUCAACGUCGUGCAGCAUCCAUAUCCGAAUAUCUUAUAAUUAAGUAAAUAAUGUUGGUGAUGCUGUAGUAAAUCCUAUUAAUUAAGUAACCUUGUCGUCGACUGAUCAGGGAAACCUAUUUCCUUGGUCACAUUAUAUUACGGGUAUAGCUUUCCAGUCUAUGAACGGUCAAUAUGCUUAAAAUCUUCUAAAAUAAAUAAAUUAUAGUUGGUUUCUUAUCUUCCCUUUGUCAACCUAAAGUUCCACUUUAUAUUUUUCUCUCUGUUUCAA